AAUGGAGCCAUGGGGCCAUGCAAGCUGUCAUCAUUUGGCCGUCUAAUGUAGCUGGAUCGGACGUGGUGUGCGCUGCCGGCUGCGUUUUUCAGAUUUUCCCUUCGGUGUAGGGCUAGGUAGCUGUUGCAGGCUGGCUAGCCCACAUACCUGCCAUCCACAGAACCAAACAAGUUGGUUGCCACCACACUACCAGCCCACAUGAAGCCAUCUGGGCCCAUUGACACCAGAUGAGAAUGGAAGACUAGCUGUACCAGUUACCAUUUUGUCGCGCUGGACUGUCCAGAGACAUGUUGAGGGUGGGAGUGGUGGGCGCUGGUGCCGCUGGUCUGGUGGCGGCCCGCCUGCUCGCGGCCAGGCCUAGUGAGUUUGCUGCACCCGUGGUGUUCGAACAAGCCGGCUCCGUCGGCGGCACCUGGGUCUACACAGACCACGUGGGCUCAGACAGACAUGGGCUGCCCAUUCACUCCAGCAUGUACCAGAACCUCAGAACGAAUCUACCUAAAGAAGUGAUGGGGUUUCCCGACUUCCCUUUCAAGUCAGACAGUUACAACGGAAAGUCCUUUAUCUUCCACGAAGAAGUGCUUGACUACCUGUGUAGAUACGCCGACCGAUUUGAUCUGGAACAGUACAUCCUGUUCGAGACGCGCGUGGAGAAUGUGACGCCCACCAGUGCCAACGACCCGGCGUCCGGAUGGUCCGUGACCACGCGCGACCUCAACACCAACAAGACCAGUCACCACUUCUUCGACGCUAUGAUCAUUUGCAACGGGCACUACUCGGUGCCAACCGUGCCUGACCUGCCCGGUAUAAGACAGUUUAAGGGCGAGGUCAUCCACAGCCACGACUACCGUGUGCCGGCGCCGUACACCGGGAAGCGUGUGAUCCUGCUGGGUGGACGAGCGUCCGGCAUUGACAUUUCGGUGGAGGUGGCCACCGUCGCCAAGCAGGUGUAUCUGUCCCACAACCAGCCUCCGUUCGUGGCUACGCUGCCGGACAACAUGCAGCAAACGGUCGGCAUCGAGAGCAUGGAGCCCGACGGUGUCGUGCUCAAGGACGGCCGACGGCUGGCUGUCGACGCACUGAUCCUCUGCACCGGGUACGAGUUCGAGUUUGCGUUCCUGUCGCCGGCGUGCGGGGUGGAAGUGGUGGAGCGCCAGGUGAGACCGCUCUACAAGCACGUGAUCCACACCGGCUACCCGCGGCUGGCCUUCAUCGGCCUGCCCACGGUCGUGCUGCCGUUCCCGCUCUUCCACAAGCAGGUGGAGUUCGUGCUGGCGAGUCUGAGCGGCCGCCUGCGCCUGCCUUGCCGGCCAGAGAUGGACGCCGACACGGCCGCCGACCUGGAGACGCGGCUCCAGCUGGGCCUGCCCGCGCGUUACGCGCACCUGCUCGGCCCGCUGCAGUGGGAGUACAUGGACGUGCUGGCGAGCGCAGCCGGCGCCGAGCCCGUGCCCGAGGCCGUGCGUCAGCUCUACGAUGAAGUGCACGCGCAGCGCGCGCGCGACCUGCGCGGCUACAAGGAGCGCGCCUUCCGCAUCACGGGGCCCGCCACGUUCGUUGAGGUCACUGACGAGGUAAUGGCCGACCUGGCCAGCAAGCUGUGACGCCCGCCGAAACGGUGGCAUGCCCACCGAAGCUGGGAGGGGGUGGUGCACGAACGCCGGCCUGAGUUUGAGGCACAGGACGUGGGUGAGGAGCAAUGGCUUACCACCGAUCAGCUCCGAUUGUCUUAGCUCAGCUCAGAUCAUCCUAGAUCAGCUCAAAUCCACUCAGCUCAGCUCAGCUCAGCUCGGCUCAGCUCAGCUCAGCUGCACUCAGCUCCACCGCGUUGAUGUAUCGCGGCCAGCCGCUCUCGGCUCUGCGCAGCGCGGCUGCGGGGUCGGCUCAGGUGACGCGCACCUCAGUUGAGCCACGUCCUGUGUGGAGAGUGGGAUGCGCUGUGUCUAUGUGUGUGGGCGUGUCUCAGGGCCAGCGACGGGCCAGGGUGGCUCGGGCCGGCAAAUGUCGGACUCGUGCUGUCGGACCUUAUUCCGUUCAAUGAGUAGGUAUUCCACUUGUUAGAGGAGCCUAGGUCUUAGUGCCUUCAUGCGGCGGUCAGUUGUCGCGUCUGUCCUUCAUGCCUAGUACAGAUCCUUGUGCCAACGCUGUAGCUAGUCUUCUCCGGAGGGGGUCUUUAUCUAAUGUUUGUCGGCGACAUUUGGAGAGAUAGGUGACGUCAUCUGCUGAGGUUCACCGCCAGCUGAUAGCCAAGCCGAUCAUUGGGUUUGUGUUGAUGCGCUGCCUUCAUGUUAUGUAAAGGCUAUUUCAUUGCUAAUUGGGUCGAGCAAUGGUAUAAUGGCGUGCAAUGAUCCAUCAGGUUAUACUGGUAGUCAUGGAGGUGGUCAUUCAGGUGGAAACGGCUUCCCGGCGGGUGUGGAGAGACGUAUCGGAUGAUUUGAGGUUUCUGCCGAUGGUGAUCAUCACAAACAUCUUGUGGAGGUGAUCCGAAGUUUGCCACGCGUACCUGGCUCUGUGGCUUGUGCCUGUGUGGACUGAUCGUGGCCGAAGUGGCGCGUUUUUGCGCAGUACUACCUUCAUGAUGCAUAUGGGUGUAACCCAAGCGCGGAGUGUGGGCGUGAUUGCUGCAGGAUUUGUGAUUUUUGCGUGAUAUGUGUGGCUGUUACUGGACACGUUUCUAGUGAUGGAUGUUAAAAGAUACCAUUGCAUCGUCAUGCGGCCAUUGCGUUUGACAGACAGUAUGUGUAUUGCCUGACUGCGUACGGUUUGGAUGCGAUCCAGUUCCACUCGCUGACCGGCCGUUGGGGUUUUACACGUGCGGUUCGGGCUUCAUUGACUAAAGGGCGGCGGCACUAUGAAGAUUUUGGGCAUGCAUUAAGUGUUGCAACGUGUAGCAGGUCAUAGUCAUAUCGGGAUGGAUGAAGCUGUGGUGCGGAGCGUAACGCUCCAGAUCAUGUAGCUAGAGGCGUACCUGACACAGUGAAGAGAACUACUUGGUCUUAUCGCUCCGGAUAUUGGCUCGUUAUUUCAGGUGGCUCGCUUAAUUACCUAAAAUGCAGCCUUGUCUGGAUCGUCCUUUUGCACUUGCACACUUGUUGCCGAGGCGAAUGGGGUCAAAUACAGGCUGAACUAUCCA